UGUAUCACAAUUAUUUUUUUGGUUGUUAGAUUUUAAAAGAUGUUGCUCGUGUUGAGGUCUUUGUAGAAAAACAAACGAAAAAUCAUGAAAUCGUUUUGUUGGUCGGGCUGCGAUUAUUCUGCGCAAUUUUGACGCUUACGAAGCUGUUUACCACAUGCCGACACCAUAGCCGGCUUUUUUAUUGUUGUUUUUAAAUGUAGUAUCCUAGCUUCCAAAUUAAACACACACUAUCGCGCGAGUAUGCUCUAUUACGUUAUUAGACAUCUUUUCUCGCGAUCCGGUGACAAUUCGGUUGAUUUGGCCUUUCGACUGAGCUAAAAAUACCACACGUCAAAUUUGUCAAGGGAGGUAUCAUUAGCUACCGACUAACUUCCGGAACAGGAUUGUCAGGGCACAUCACAAAAUGGCGGAGGCGGUGGUUAACGUGGCUAGGCGGGUCAACGCAACCGUCGAGGAAGGAAAAGAUCACCUGGACCUGUCCAACUGCAAGCUCAUCUCAUUCCCAGAAGGCGUUUUCAAGGUUCUCAGCAGCGUGUCGGAGAACAUCCGGGUCAUCACCCUGGCGGAUAAUGAGAUGAAGGCCAUUAGCAGCAAGUUCUUUUCCACUUUCACUCAACUGAGAGAACUGGACUUGCACGGAAAUGUUCUCAGCAAACUGCCUGACUCGUUGGAGGAAAUGAGGCACUUGACCAGCAUCAACUUGGCCAAUAACAAGUUCUCGGAGUUCCCUGAGAAGCUCACGCAAAUUGCCACGUUGGAGCGGAUCAACCUAGAAGGGAACAACAUCACCGAAAUGCCAGUGGACAAGUUGUCGGCCAUGCCGGCACUCAAGUGGCUCAACGUGCUGUCCAACCCUCUGGAUGUAAACACUCAAGCUGCUCUCACGUCGCUGCUCAAAUUUGACAUUUUAUCCCAAAAGGAGUCGUGAGCAACAUAGUCAUGUGCGCACUGCAUGUCACUUGCCUUAAAAAAAAAAAUCCUUUGAUCCUUUUGUGUGCUUGGAAAUGAGGGGCCUUUGUACUUGAAGAUUGCAUCCAGAGUCGGAUGAACUCUGAAUUAAGAAAACCAAAACUUGGGUGGGAUAUUUUUAAUCCCUAAUUUAUUAUUUUUGGUUUUAUAAAGGUAUUUCUCUU